CUCACUAGUUAGCAGUAAACGUCCACCUAGCUAUGCCUAGCUAGCUCUGGAUGCUUUUGCUGAGGCGGGGAAGUGUACGGGUCAGUCAGAAAAGCUAUCUAAUUAUAUAGGCAGAGAAACAGGCUGCAGGCACGGUUUUGGCUCCAAACCCUAGGCCCAGCCUUGCCUCUGAGUACGUGCGCCCUAACCAUGCCAUUUGAUUCUACUCGCGACGAAUCCGAACGAAGAACGGGAGAGGAAGAGAUCCAAGUGAUCGGCCAAGGUAUUCCACUGCAGUCAUUGCGUUUUCAGCUAGAUAGUGGGAAUGAGUAUGUGAACUACCGCCGCAAAUUGUGGCAAUCGUGGUUACCAAGGAAUCCGCCGGCUCCACCCCCUCCGUCAUUGGAAGAUGCAGAACUAACGCCUCUUGCCAAUGCUUCCCUCUUUUCUCGCCUGACAUUUUCCUGGAUCACGGACAUAAUGGAGCUCGGCUAUCAGCGCACUCUCCAAGCCUCGGACUUGUAUAAACUUGAUCCAUCACGUGAAGCUGGUCCUCUCUCUGAGAGGCUUGAGGCUGCGUGGUUCAAGCGUGUCCAGGCAGCAGCAGAUUGGAAUGUCAGGUUAGAGAGUGGCGAAAUACGUCCUUCCGUUUUAAGGCGCUUAGUGUGGGCAAUCAUUGCGAUCCCUUCUCGAAUGGACCGCGUGGACGGGAAGAAAGCAGCGAGCCUUGUAUGGGCACUCAACGAUGUAUUCGAGUGGUCGUUCUGGCUUGGCGGGGUAUUCAAGGUGCUAGCAGAUACGGCCCAAUCGAUGUGCCCACUUGUACUCAAAGCCAUCAUAUUGUUUGCGGAAGAACGAUCAGCAGCACGUGCAGCCGGUGCACCCCUCCCGAAUGCCGGUCGUGGAAUUUCCAUGGCUCUGGGCGUGUGGUUAUUGACAAUUGUGACAAGGGUAUGUAGCCAUCAGUUCUUCUGGCGUUCAAUGUCGACAGGGGUCCUUGCGCGUGCCGCCCUUAUUGCGUCUAUUUAUGAGCGUGGCAUCAAUCUCACAGGAAAGGAAAGGGUUAAACUGACAAAUGCAGCUCUGGUAAACUACAUCUCUACGGACGUGAGCAGGAUAGAUGCAUGCGCACAGUGGUUUCAUGCAGCUUGGACCGCACCAAUUCAAGUGGCCGUUUGUCUCAUUAUACUCCUGAUCGAGCUAGGACCCUCAGCUCUGGCAGGUUUCUCCUUAUUCGUUCUUAUUAUUCCAUUGCAGCAAUGGAUGAUGGCACUACAACAUCGGACCCGUCUACGUUCCAUGAUAGGAACAGAGCAAAGGACCAAAGUUUUAUUAGAAGUUCUAGGGGCAAUGCGUGUUAUUAAGUACUUCUCCUAUGAGGUGCCAUACUUGCGAAAACUAUUUGAGCUACGCAAGAAGGAACUACGGGGCAUUCGUAGAAUCCAGUUCUCGACCAGUGCAAAGUUUGAAAUUUCCGUCCUCCCCAACACUGUCUCUGAGCUUAUUCCAAGUGAUGCGCUUUCAACUGCCGCACGGCGCAUUGAUCUUUCCUGCACUGAACUAGCUCCUUCGUCAACCAAUGAUGUUCAUGCCACGCGCACUUUCCCUGAUCCCGGAUGCCGCUUCCGCGAUCCAACGGCUGUCACGACCCAGGAGUAUGCAGUCGCUGUCUGCGAUGCAACAUUUGAGUGGGAGUCGCCCGAAAAGCUUAACGAGGUCUCCGAUACCUUACUUAGUGGCAGAAGGAGUGGUGCACGUGCUAAUAGAAGUCCAAGCCCAGAGGGACAAGGGAGCCAUGGUGGAAGUCAUGCUAAUGCGAAAGAAAAGGACAGAUUGUUUAAAGACGCACCAGUGUUUAAAGUUAGGGGUAUCACCCUGAAUAUACCCCGUGGUCAACUUGUUGCCAUCGUAGGUCCCGUAGGCAGUGGCAAGUCGAGCCUUCUGCAGGGGAUCAUAGGUGAGAUGAGAAAGGUCUCCGGUCACGUUUCAUUUGGCGGAAGGAUAGCAUAUUGUCCUCAGACUGCCUGGAUCCAGAAUACUACGCUGAGGGAAAAUGUACUGUUCGGACAAUUUUUCGACGAGGAGAAGUACUGGCGGGUAAUUGAAUCGGCGUGCCUUCUCCCUGAUCUGCAACUAUUGCCCGACAGUGACUUGACAGAGGUAUUCUUCACGGAGUUCGCAGCUUGGAUCUGGUUAACUUACUUGCGUGGAAAGAUCGGUGAGAAGGGGAUAAACCUAAGCGCUGACCAAAAACAGCGUGUCAACAUUGCUCGGGCCCUCUAUCACGACCCCGAAAUCGCCAUCUUCGACGAUCCGCUCUCCGCUGUUGAUGCCCAUGUUGGCAAAUCUCUCUUUGAGGAUAUCUUCGUUGGAUCGUUGCGCUCCCGGGGGAUCACUGUUGUUCUGGUCACCCAUGCCAUCCAUUUCUUACCCCAGGUCGAUUACAUAUACACGAUCAGCAAUGGACCAAUUGUGGAGAGUGGGACAUAUCAAAAGCGUGUUAUGACGGAUGGGGAGUUUGCGAAGUUAGACCGAGAGUGUGGUGGACGAACGGAGGAUAUCAAGGGCGAAGGUGAAGAAGAAGAAGGCUCCGAGCGCUCUGUCCUGCCUCCGAGGAUUGUGACUAUCGAGGACGUGAAGCUGAAGGCUGCCCAAGCGCGCGAGAAAGCGACUGGCAAAGGAAAGGUGGAGGGUCUGUUGAUCGUCAAGGAACAGCGCAGGACUGGAUCUGUGUCACUGAAAGUUUGUCUUACAUUGGCAUCUGUUCUAGGAUCAGUCGUCGUCAUUUCCGUCCUGGUGCCCUACUGCUUCAUAGGUGUAGUCUUCGUUGGCAUAGGCUACGGCUACUUCGCCGCAUUUUAUCGUGCCAGUGCUCGAGAGGUCAAACGACUAGACUCCAUGUUCCGAUCAUUGUUGUAUGCUCACUUCUCAGAGACAUUCACUGGGCUCCCGACCAUCCGUAGUUAUGGAGCGACGAAGCGCUUUAUCAUGGCAAACAGAUAUUAUAUUGAUCUUGAGGACAGAAGUCUAUACCUCGUAAUCACUAACCAGAGGUGGUUAUCUGUCAGGCUCGACUUCAUGGGCGCCAUGCUCGUGUUCUUCGUUGCACUUCUUACAGUUACGGAUGUAUCCGGAAUCAAUGCCGCACAAAUUGGUCUUGUUCUGACAUACACUUUGACGCUGACGCAGUUUGCUUCUUUAAUGACGAGACAGUCGGCGGAUGUCGAGAACAAUAUGAAUUCCAUUGAACGAAUUGUUCAGUACACACGGAAGGGAACGGUACCCCAAGAGGCGCCCCAUGAGAUUCCAGGCAACAAGCCCCCACCUGAGUGGCCCCGAAGUGGAGCAGUUCAGUUUAGAGAUGUUCAAAUGAGCUACCGACCCGGACUGCCACUUGUCCUUAAAGGAGUCUCACUUUCUAUCGAAGGAGGCGAAAAGAUUGGUGUCGUUGGAAGAACGGGCGCUGGGAAAUCAUCUUUGAUGUUGACACUGUACCGUAUCGUUGAAUUGUCGAGCGGAUCCAUUGUUCUUGACGGUAUUGACAUAUCGACACUUGGUCUCAAGGACCUUCGUACCAAAAUAUCCAUCAUACCUCAAGAUCCUCUCCUCUUCAGUGGGACGAUCAGGUCAAACCUCGAUCCGUUCAGCAAAUACGACGACGCCAAGUUGUGGGACGCAUUGCACCGAUCUUGCCUUAUAGACCCGCCAUCUGCGAAAGAUGGAGAAUGCGAGUCCGGCGAAGAGAUGCGCACGGACCGUUACACACUUGACAGUACCAUUGAGAGCGAAGGCACCAACCUGAGUGUUGGCGAACGGUCUCUGCUCAGUCUUGCACGUGCGCUCGUGAAGGGUUGCAAAGUCGUCGUACUAGAUGAAGCUACUGCAUCUGUCGGUCUAGAGACCGACCACAAGAUUCAGAAUACUAUCAAAACCGAAUUUCGCGAUUGCACCCUGCUCUGCAUUGCCCAUCGUUUACGUACCAUUAUUUCAUAUGAUUGCGUUCUUGUUAUGGACGCCGGGAUGGUAGCUGAAUUCGACACGCCUUAUAACCUGUACCAGAAAGAGGGAGGGCUAUUCCAUGGGAUGUGUGAGAGGAGCAAUAUUACCUUGAAGGAUAUUGAAGCCAGUAGAUGUGAAAAGGGUGAAUACCGCGAGCAAUAGCCAUGCUGCCGUUGUCAUUUCCAUGUAACAAUCAAGCUUUCGAUACAUUGC